AUGGCUUUCCGAAAAGCUAGUACGUUAUUAGUGAGUGUUUUUAGUCCUUAUCAAAGACAGUUAAAAUCUUUUCCAUAUCGUCGCAAUCAUCAGUCGACAGAAACUAAAUUUGACGAUGGUAAAACUUUAAUGAUUCGAAAUAAUUUGUUAUUGACAACCAUGAAUAAUGGAGGAAUAAUUGUAAAGAAAACAUCACGUUCAAAUUCAUUACCAAAUAAUAUUUAUUUUCAACACCAAGAACGCUGUUUAAAUCCUAGUCAAAAAUCAUUAUCAACAAUCGAACAAUUACCAGUGUUAGUUACUGUUCAACAACAGAAAGAAGAACGAUCUCUAGUUUCACGUCAACAAUUCCAUUCAUUACUUACACGUGGAAAAUCAUUGGAUUAUUAUUUAUCGAGAAGUAAGCGUUAUUUAGAACAAGAUGAAUUAUCUAUGUUAUUCACAAUGUUAGUCACAGCACCUACAUCAACGACUUACGAUAACGAUAAUGACAACGAUCGUCAAUGUCUUUGUACUUUAAAUACUCCACAAACUCGUGAUAGUGUUCAUUCGAAUACGAACGUUUUAAAAUGUCGUAGUAAUACAUUACCGUAUUCAAUUACGAUGGAAAAACAUCCUACUAUGUCUAUUUCUACAACUGACAGAGUAGAAAAUGGUGAAAAUAAAACACCUGAACUAACAAAAUCAAUAGCGUCACAUAAAAUUAUAUCUAAUCGCAGUAAAAAACCGACUACAACAAUGACAACAACAACAACAAAUGGACUAAAACGACAACAAUCAAAAACAAAAUCAGACAGUCAAAAGUCUUAUGUCAUAAAUAAUGAUGAUGUUCACAAUGUAAUGACUAGUUUAUUAGAUUUAAUUGAAGAGACGAUUAAACAAGCUCAAUCAUGUCUUUCAUUGGUUACUCACGAUGAAAUAAACUCUAUCAUAUCUGAUAUUACCAUCGAAGUAGGAAAACAAAAUACUGUUAAAACAAUGGAUAGAGAAGAACAGAAUAUUAUUGAACGUAUACAAUCUUGUGAACAACCAAUUUGUCCAUCAGUGCCAUCAUUUGUUCCAUGCAUUCCGUCUUCUUCUACGUCACCAACCUUUUUUUCUUCAUCGAUACCAUCACCCCCAUCACUACCAAAUUUUUCUUCUCCUAUUCCUCCUGCACCACCGAUGAUGAUGGGUAUUCCUUCACCGCCACCCUUCUUCCCAAAUUCUCUUGCUAAACCUAUUUUACCAUUUAAAAAACCAAAUCGUCGAACUUAUGAUCCAAAAAAAGAUGUUAAACCAUUAUAUUGGAAUAAAAUUGUCUUAAAUGUAAAUCAUUCUGAUGCUAUAUGGUUAAAUAUUGAAGAAGCAACAUUUGAUGAAGAUUCAUUAGCAAAAAUGUUUGAAAAAACUGUUAUUAUCUCAUCAAAAAAGAUUACUGAUCAACAUUCCACAACACCAUCAACAAAAUCUUCUAAUGGAAAAGAAACCGUCAAAUUGUUAGAUGAAAAACGUUCUCGUGCAAUUGGUAUAUUUAUUUCAUCUCGACAUUUAGAUGUAACAACAAUAAAAGACUAUUUAUUAAAAUGUGAUACAUCAUGUAUGAAUAUUGAAACAUUAACGGGUGUAUAUAAUUAUCAGCCAACCGAUGAUGAAAUUCAAUUAUUAGAACCUUAUAUAAAUGAUAAUCAAGCAUUAGAUAAACCUGAACAGUUUUUAACGGGUCUAUUAAAAAUUUCUUGUAUGUCUGAUCGUUUACAUUGUCUUGUAUUUGAAAUAUCAUUUAAUGAAACAUUGAGUUCAAUUGAUGCACAAUUAAAUACAUUGUUAACAGCAUGUGAUGAAUUAAUACAUUCAACAUCAUUAAAACAAUUAUUGGGUCUCAUAUUGGCUAUUGGAAAUUUUUUAAAUGCAAAAAAUAAUUCACGUGGUUGUGCCGAUGGUUUUGGUUUAAAUAUUUUACCAACACUAAAAGAUGUUAAAACAAAAGAUAAUUGUUCAACAUUAUUAAAUUAUCUAGCAGAACAAUAUAUUAAACAAUUUCAAAUGAAAAAACCAAAUGCAUUUACAAAUACAGGAAAUGAUUCGGUUAAUAGUUCAAACGAAUGUUUAGCCACUCUUUCAUCAAGACCUAUACUUCAAUUAUCUCCUAUAUUAUUAACUAAAACAGAUACAACAAAUAUUACAAAAUUUCAAUUACCAGUACCAGAACCAUCCGAUCUUUUAACUGCAUCAAAUGUUAAUUUUGAUGAAAUUGAACGAUGUAUUGAAAGUUUACGUACAAAAAUAAAUGAAUGUCAACGACGUGUUGAUAUAGUUAAAGAUGAAUUAGAUAAAAAUCCUAAACAAAAUGAUGAUGAUGAUCGAUUUUGUCAACAUGUAACAACAUUUUUAACCAAAGCACAACAAGAACAUAGUGAAACAAAUAAACAAUUUAAAAAAGCGAAAUCUCAAUUUCAUGAAACAUGUAAAAAAUUUUGUAUUAAAGCAGUAACAACAUCAUCGACAAUUUCGCCUUCUUCUUCUACACCAUCAACAAAUAAUGAUGAAAUGGAUCCAAAAGAAUUUUUUAAACUAUGGUAUGGAUUUUGUAAUGAUUUUAAAGAUGCAUGGACAAAAGAAAAAGCAAAAUUACUUAAAAAUAGUCAAUCGACGUCAUCUUCUCAGCAAUAUAUUCGAUCAUCACGACGUUUUACAACCAUGUCAGAUUCAAAUGAUGAUAUAAUUACAACACAAGCAGUUCCACCGUCAAUAAUGAUGAUGUCCGAUAGUUUUCCUAAUCCUCUAUCAUGCUCAAAUAUUCAAUCGUCCGAGAAAACGAUUCAAGAUACUCUAGAUAAAACAAAAAUUCGAAAUAUAAUUCAUAAACGUGUAAACAAUCAUGAUUUAAUACCCGAUCAAAAUUUUAUGUUAAAAAAACGUUCAAAAUCGUGA